AUGUCACAAGAGGCGUCGGGGGACCGGCGGACACCGGGGCGCCGGCAGGGGGACCCGGUGGUCGGACGGCGAGGCUUGUUGAUGCGGCACUGUCCCUACAGACUUAAAACCCGAUCCAGAGGUUUUAUUCACCUUCAGUCUGAGCGGGUAGAGACGUAUCAGCUCUUCCUCAGAGGACAUGAGGCCUACUUGAGGACGGGGCCCCAUUACGACUUCGACCACUACAGGCAGCUGGUCCAUGAAGAUACACAAGCCUUCUGUGGCAUCUCCAAAGAAGUGCUGGAGAUCAAGGAGAGGCUGCACCAUGAGUUUGACCGGCCAGACCUUUCUGAGCACAUCGAAAAGCUGCAGAGCAAAGAGAAGAAGCUUGAGCUGACAGCCAAGCUGCAGCUGGCCAGGCAGCGGGCCCAGGAUCACCCGGAGGACGAAGACUGUCAAGAAAAGAUUCAGGAAUCAAGGUCCAGGAUCAUCAAGAACAAAGAGGCUCUGAGUGAGAUCAUGCAGGACUUUAAAUAUGACUCUGAGGAGUCUGAUUGACAGGUCGGUCCCCAGGAGGCCCACCGCCGCCCUCUCACAUCACCAGACAGCGGAGCUGACAGAUCGACUCGGCUCUGGUGCAACUUCCACUUGGACUCCUCAGCUGCACUUAUCGAUCCCCCCUCUGGCCCCACCCUGCUCGUUGCUGCAGUCUUAUUCCACCCAGGGGGCUUUUCACAUUCUGGCUUUGUGGGUCCUGUCUGUAGUUAUGUGUUUGUGUUAAGCAUGUAUCAGCAAAAAAAAAAAAAAAACAAGAAGAAAAACUUAUGUUGUGAAGUCGUGUAAAUAAGGUUAAUAUU